AUGUCGACAAGUUAUUUCGACCAGCUGAGCCCUGGCGUGCAGGAAGCAAUCGAGAGCGAGUUUGGAGACCAAGACACCAAGAAUAUCACCAAAGUGACCAGCCAUGACGAUGCGCUAGAGGUCGUCUUCGAAGGCGGAUAUAACGGCCAUCGUCGCAAAGCUUCCCUCGCUCCCCCUCCCUCUGGCAAAAUGACGUCCCGCCCCGAAAACGGUCGCCGCACCACCGCGUGUAUCGUACACUCCUUACUCGAAAAGCACGAUGGCUUGCCCGUACAAGAUCACUCGCAGUCGCACGAAAGUCUCGCGCAAGAACGGCGCGUGGACAAAGACCCAGCCUCUGCGCGCUCGGAGCAGACGCAACAUUCGCGGCUGUUGACCAAGAAGGAGCUGUCCGAUAUGGCAUUCGGAAUACGCGAGUUGUCGAAGAAGCUGUCGCAGAUCAGGCUUAAGCUGCAUGUGAAGAACAUCUUCAUUCUGGGCAAAGCGCACGAUGAGGCCUUGAUCAAGAACUCGCGCGAGGUGACCGACUGGCUUCUGCGGAAGGACUCGGAGUAUACCGUCUACGUCGAGCAGACGCUGGAGGACAACAAGAUCUUCAACGCUGCUGGCCUGUUAGAGAACGAGGGGUUCCAAGGGCGGCUCAAAUUCUGGACGAACGAGAUGUGCGCUCAAAAGCCACAGACUUUUGACAUUGUCCUAGCGCUCGGUGGUGACGGCACAGUCUUGUAUGCGUCAUGGCUCUUCCAGCGCAUCGUACCCCCAACGAUUGCUUUCUCGCUAGGCUCGCUCGGCUUCCUCACCAAAUUCGAUUUCGAACUAUACCCGCAAUCCCUAUCUACUGCAUUCGCAGACGGCAUCACAGUCAGCCUGCGUCUCCGCUUCGAAGCUACCGUCAUGCGAUCCCAACAACGGGACGGUGAGGGUCGUGAUCUGGUCGAAGAACUCAUUGGGGAGGAAAUCGACGACCACCAUACACACUACUCCGAUGGUACACACAAUAUCUUGAAUGAGGUGGUCGUAGACCGGGGCCCAAACCCUACCAUGUCGUCGAUUGAGUUGUUUGGAGACGACGAGCAUUUCACAACUGUGCAGGCGGACGGCAUCUGUGUCUCUACGCCCACGGGCUCGACUGCGUACAAUCUUGCGGCAGGCGGAUCACUCUGCCACCCCGACAAUCCCGUGGUUCUUGUCACUGCCAUCUGUGCGCAUACGCUCUCCUUCCGCCCCAUUAUCCUACCCGAUACUAUAGUGCUCCGGUGCGGUGUACCAUACGACGCGAGGACGAGUUCAUGGGCCAGUUUUGACGGCAGAGAAAGGGUCGAACUCAAACCAGGCGACUACGUCACGAUUAGCGCAAGUCGGUUCCCGUUCCCCAGCGUGCUGCCGCUGAACAAGAGGAGAACGGAUUGGAUCGACAGUAUCUCGAGGACUCUGCAAUGGAAUAGUAGGCAAAAACAGAAGGCGUUUAAGGAGUGGAGUUCAUAG